CAUCGGCGGACCUGCAGCUGUCUCCCCGGAAAAAGCGACGUCCAUUUCCUCUAAACAACCGCCUCCCACGCAAAUCAACAGUCACAUCCGCCAACAUGUCUCAAGCAAUGCGCAUCGUCCCUGGCAACUCCAACGUUCAGUCAUACACUCACAUCUCUCACACAUCUUCCGCACCCUCCGCCCCAGGCAUCCACGAUACUCUCCGCCACGGUGUCGGCGCAUCCCCCUUCGACUCCAAGUCCACACCCGCCUCUGCCCACCCUCUCGAGGCCCGACUGAAGAACUGGGAGGCCACUCAGGAGUCUCUCAAGAUGGAAACUCUUCGACGAACCUAUGGCAUGGCCGAGCCCAUCCGCCGUGGCAUGGAGCUCAAGAUUGUCCAGAACGGCGAGUGGCGGCCCAUGGCCCUUGGCGGCGGUCUGCCCAGCGUUCAUGAGGAUAUUCUUAGAGGCCGCGACACUACCAUUACUUGGGAGGAUGUCUUUAAGGGCGAUGAGACAAGGGCCGUGGCUGGAUUCCACGACGAGAUGGAGAAGAAGCUUAAGAUUCAGUAA